AUGACGGUCCAACAGCAUGUCCUCAACUGGCUUUACAGUGUUCUGACCAGCGAAUACCACGACGUCAACCGCAGUUACGACGGCAUCGCUCGCGUGCUCAGCCGCUACCCGACCCUCUCACCGCGCACCGACGUGUAUACUUCACCCGAUGGCGCCAGCGCGCUGCUGGUGCACCUCUCUGGCACGCUGCCCGUCAACUUUCGCGGCAGCACGUACCGAUUCCCGCUGUCGAUAUGGAUACCACACAGAUACCCGAGGGAACCGCCAAUAAUAUACGUUACGCCUACCGAGUCCAUGCUGAUACGGCCAGGGCAGCAUGUCGACCAGCAAGGCCAGGUCUACCACCCUUACCUUGUUGGGUGGCAGCAGUUUUGGGAUAAAUCGACCUUGCAAGACUUUCUCGCGAUACUUGCCGACGUAUUCGCAAAAGAACCACCGGUGGUGGCGCGACAGCCGAGACCGGCGGCGCAGCCACAACCGCAACCCGAGACCCCUCCGCCUGUCCCUCCAUUGCCCGUCGAGAUGGCAGCGAGACCAGUGCAAUCACCAGCUUCAGAACAGGCACGACCCCCAAUCCCGCCGAAAUCUCCACAAGACUCUAGAUCAACUUCUGGCCCUCCACUACCGCCUUUGCCCCCGACGUCUCCCUUGGCGCAGCAGCGACAACCCUCAAGAUAUGACUCGGCGCCUCCGUUGCCACCGCAAGCGCAUCAACACGAGCUGGGAACUACCCAAGGAGUCGCAAGUUUUGGAGCCACCGUCGCCAGCCCUCCUGUGUAUCCUCCGCAUCAGUCACAACACCAAGCGAACCCAAGCACCGGAUCCGCGUUACCAACAUAUAGCCAAGGCAACUGGCAACAGCAACCACCACAGCCCGGAUCAUGGGGCCAAAUGCAUCAUAAUCAAACACGAAAUUACCCCCCUGAGCAAAGCACAGCUCAUGCGCAGCCACCACCACCGCAGGAUCUACUUCUGGACGACCCACUGACGAUUGACAUCCCCCCGCCGUCAACGGUCAAGGCGCCCCCCAUCCCCCCCAACCCGGAAAAGGACCAGCUGCUGCGACAGUUGGCCCAAACACUGGCAUACAUGAGAAAGCAGAGCCGCCAGCAGAACGAGCAGUCGAUGACAGGCCUGCAGGCCCAGCGCGCGGCGAUGGUGCAGGCGAUGGCGGGCCUCCAGUCGGAGCUGGGACAGCUCACGCAGCUGUCGAGUCUGCUGGCGUCCAACACUAACAUCCUGCAUGAGGCGCUGCGGCGAGCAGACGGGGUGAUUGAGGGCUCGGCCGGACACGCCAAGCCGGAUAUUGAUGAGCUGCUGGUGGCACCGACGGUGGUAUCGAACCAGCUGUAUAGCCUGGUGGCGGAGGAGCGCGCUCUGGGCGACGCGAUCUUCAUGCUGGGAAGGGCUGUGGAACGGGGAAAGAUCCCGGCGGCCGUGUUUGCCAAGACGACGAGAUCGCUGGCGCGCGAGUGGUACCUGAAGAAGGCGCUGGCGCGCAAGAUAGCUGAGGGCAUGGGAAUGGGCGGCGUUGGCCAGGCUGCGGGACGAGGACAAUCCUAA